CAGCCUUACUGAUCUCUCCUACCAUACACAUACAAUCCAUUGAUCUCAGUUGAAUUCUAUAUAUCCACCAUGGGAACCCUCACCGACCUCGCAGCCCGCAUCACCCAGCAUGCCCAACUGCUGGAUGAACAUCUCCAAUCUAAUAAUCUGCCCUCCCCUUCCUUCUCUAUCCAUGCGCCUCCGGAUUUUCCGAACCCGGACAAAGAUCCGAAUGUUGAAGCUGCCCGUGUCGCUUUGAUUGAGGAUACCCAGACCCUACGCAACUUGGCUCUAGGUCCAGGACAGGUUAUUCGGGAAGUGGGGUGGAGUAUAAUCGACCUCUCAACCCUACACACCCUCCUCUCCCUCAAUAUCCCGCACCACAUCCCCCUAACUCCCACCGGCAUCCCCUACCCCACCCUCUCCACCCUAACCUCCCUCCCCCCACAAACCCUAAAACUCCUUCUCCGCCAGUCCGCCACAGCAGGGAUCUUCCAUGAGCCGAUCCCUAACCACAUCGCACACACGGCUGCGUCGGCUAUCCUCCUACGAGAUAAGCCACUGGGGGAUUGGUUUACUCAUCAUCUCGAGGAGGUGUUCCCGGCGGGGACGAAACUUGCUGAGGUGGUGGGGGAGGGUGCUGCAUGUAAGGGGGAGGGGAAGGGGCCGGGGGGGGAAAGUGCGUUCUCUCGGGCGUUUGGGAUUGACGAAAGCUUCUGGGAGUUUUUGGAGAAGCACCCCGAUCGACAGAGGCGGUUCUUCGGCGCCAUGCAGGCGGUGGGUGGGGAUGAGGGACAUGAUUUACGGUUUGUGGUGGAGGGGUAUCCCUGGGGAGGGGUUGGUGGGGGUGAGGGUAGGGGGGUGGUGGUUGAUGUCGGCGGCUCCUCCGGCUUCGUCAGCAGCACUCUCGCCCACACCUACCCCAAUCUCCACUUCAUCGUGCAAGACUACGCACAUACCGUUGCCUCUGGACGUGCUCAACUCCCGUCCUCUCUGAUAGAUCGGGUCAGUUUCAUGGCUCAUGACUUCUUCACGCCGCAGCCUGUCACGGCGGAUGUGUAUCUGCUGCGUCAUGUGUGUCAUAAUUGGUCUGAUGGGGACGCGGCGAGGAUUUUACGCGCGAUUGCGCCGGCUAUGAAGGAGAGUAGUCGCAUUGUGCUUGUUGAGGUGGUGGUUGUGGAGCCCGGGGUUGUCGGAAGGGUGCAGGAGAGGUAUAUGCGGAAUAUGGACGUCAACAUGUUGCAAAUGUUGAAUACGCAGGAGCGUGGAAAAGAGGAUUGGGAGAGGGUGGUCAAGGAGGCGGAUGGCAGGUUGAGGGUGAAGGGCAUUCAUAAGCCCGAGGGGAGUUGGGAUUCAAUCAUUGAAAUUGGGUUUGAGUGAUUGCACUUGGUUCAGUGAUCAGGCUAGGUUGGAUAGGAAGUGGAUGUGUGGUUAGGUGAUGUUUAGGGUCAUAUACCUGGAGCUUUAGGUGGAGAAGGG